GCGCAGAGGAGCGGGCGGGCGAUGGGAGACGCCGCUCCGGCGGGAUAGAGGGGCGGAGACGGGGGCACCCCCGGGGCCCGGCCCGCCCGGGGCUCGCCGCGGGCCCGCACAGAUGCUAGUGCACAGCUACCCGGGCAUGGACCGCGCCGAGGGGCUGCCCGGGGCACCGGCCGGGGCCCGCCUGCCGCAGCUGCCCGCGCUCAACCAGGCGCCCUACGGCUCGGCGCCGCCGCUCUGCCACACGCCCGCCGCCGACUUCCAGCCGCCCUACUUCCCUCCGCCCUACCCGCAGCCGCCGCUGCCCUACCCGCAGGGCCAGGAGCCCGGCUACCCGCACCUGGCGGACCCCUACGCGGCGCUCAGCCCCCUGCACCAGCACCAGCAGCCCGCCUGGCCCCCGCAGCGCGGCCGGCAGGACGACGCGGGGCUGCUCUCGCCCUCCCACCGCGCCCUGGGGCUCGACCCCCGCCGCGAGUACCCCGCCGUGCCCCGCCUGCUGCACGGCCUGCCCGACGGCGGGCACGGCCUCGCCGACGGCCCGCUGGGCCUCCACGGCCUCGGCCACCACGGCAUCGAGGACAUCCAGGCCGUGGACGACGGCGGAAUGAACCUGCUCGAUCAGUCCGUGAUCAAGAAAGGCUGGCUCAGGUGCUCCGAUCACCUGCUGCUUGCGGGAACGGGAAAGCAGCAACUGAAGAUCGAGGGGGACUUUUGGUUUACUCAGAUGACAAGAGACAAUUUUGGUUCCCCAAAAGCCAAGGAAACAAAGCUGUCAGGCUUUAAUGGUAGCUUGUCUCCCUCCUGCAGCAUGUUUAUGGGCAAACAAGCUGCAGAUCAGACCAGGCAAACAGCAGCAGUGCCCAUCCCCUCGAAGGCCAAUGGCACCACCAUUUCCACCCUGUCCAUGAACAAAGAUGGCCUGAUCGGAGGGGUGACAAAUCCCAACGAGGUCUUCUGCUCCGUGCCUGGCCGUCUCUCUCUUCUCAGCUCCACCUCCAAGUACAAGGUGACCGUCGGGGAGGUGCAGAGAAGGCUCUCGCCCCCCGAGUGUCUCAACGCCUCUCUCCUCGGCGGAGUCCUCCGCAGAGCAAAAUCAAAAAACGGGGGUCGGUGUUUAAGGGAAAGGUUAGAGAAAAUCGGACUAAAUCUACCUGCAGGAAGGCGCAAAGCUGCCAAUGUCACCCUGCUGACAUCCCUCGUGGAAGGUGAAGCCGUUCACCUGGCUCGGGAUUUUGGGUACGUGUGUGAAACGGAGUUCCCAGCCAAGGCGGCGGCAGAGUACCUGUGCCGACAGCACUCCGACCCCACGGAGCUCCACACCAGGAAAAACAUGCUGCUGGCUACCAAGCAAAUCUGCAAAGAGUUUGCAGACUUGAUAGCCCAGGAUCGCUCACCGCUGGGGAACAGCCGCCCCUCCCUCAUCUUAGAGCCCGGUGUCCAGAGCUGUUUGACUCAUUUCAGCUUGAUAACCCACGGCUUUGGGGGCCCAGCCAUCUGCGCAGCGCUCACGGCCUUCCAGAACUACCUGGUGGAGUCCCUUAAGGGGCUGGAUAAAAUGUUCAUGAACAGCACAGGGAACGGCCACGCAGCCGGGGACUCCAAAGCGUCAGAAAAAGAAGUGAAGCAUCGGAAAUAACGUGCUGUCUCCCUCCCUCUUCCUGGUGGGAGCUUUUCCCGGUCACUAUAGAUAGCACUGGGGGGGGGAAAGAUGAUCCAGUGCACUGUUUUCUGAACUGCUACAUUUGAACUUGGAUGAAACUCAUAAAGCAAACAAAGAAAAGACAAAAAAAAAAUUUAAAGAAUUUAAGAAGAAAACAACUCUAAUGGACGUAGUGAGAUUGAGAAAAAAAAGCCAGGUUGAUGGCUCUUGGGUUUUGCCUUUUUUUUUUUUUUUU